GAAUACGCGUGACUUGUCUAUGGACUAAUCUAUGGACCCUUAGACUGAACAACAAAGUAAGAGAGAGAGAAAGAAGGUGAAAGAUAGAGACAAGAAAAAACAUAGAGAAAGAGAGAGAGAAGGAUAGAUAGAGUCAGAAGACAUGAGAAGACCCAAAGCAUACCAGCAUUGUGAAGAGACGCCAAAGGAUAAAAACACAGACAGAUCAAUAUGAAUGUUAAAUAUUAAUUCUAAGUGUUAAACCAGGCUGGUCAGAAGCAGUUCUUUACCUCUAGUUGUGGUUUUUACAAACAAGGAGUGAAGAAAGAAAGCAGAAGAAAAGAAGGAGAGAGAGAACAGAGGGAUCUGCCCACUCCUGGAGGAAUCAAAGGCCUCUUUAGAAAAAGACAGAAUGGCAUGAGAAACCUGAGCACCGGGAGGAACUGUGAGAAACACAAGCAAAAGGGGUAAAAAAAAAAGUAAAUAGAACAGAAAUAGUGUGGAAGAAAAGAUCUUUGAAGGAGGACUGAGUGAAGGAAGGCAGAAGACCAUGAUGGGAGUGAAAGGCAGGGCAGCCUUUGCCAUAAUCUUCAUCAUUGUCUUUUUAUGCACUAUGUGGCUCUAUGGUGGUUUGGACCGAUGGGACUAUUGUCUAAAGGUUUAUAUUCAAGAUAAUGAGUCCCUCACCUUUUACAAGCCCAUCAGCUCAGAAGAUAAUGACACGGCUCCAUUGGAGUUGUGUCCAGGGCAGAAGUUCCAGGUUGCUGUUUUGCUGAUGAACCUUCAGGCUGCACCUGUGUCAACCAAUGAUGUGCUGCUGAAGCCUUACCUGGCCAGCUGGGAUGAGCUUAUCAAUUUUAUGGAAACACUGGGCCCUAUGGUGGGUUUAAUCUCCCAAGAAAUCGAGGGCAAGACCUCCAUCAUCCGUGAACUUGCCAAAAAAGAGGAGGCAGAAAGCAAAGAGCAAGUACAAGAAGGUCAACCUUCAGAUAUCGCACUGCCUGAACUCUCUCCCACCUCAGAUGUAGAAAUGGGCAGAGCUUAUAGGUCUGUGCGCUCCAUGAUCAAAGCAGAGCUGGACCAGGGUCUGGUGGACUUUAAUAAGCAUACGGCGUCGGGCUGCCGGACACUUCUGAGGUUGCACCGGGCACUGCUCUGGCUUCAGCUCUUCCUGCGCAACCUGGCUAACGAGGAUCUGGAGGCGGGGCGAGCCCGUAGCCCUGCUGAGCUCUGUCGGGAGGCCUACCAGCUCACCCUGGCUCAGCACCACCUAUGGUGGGUGAGGAAAGCAGCCGAGCUGGCCUUCGUGGCCAUGCCUGACAGGGCCUUCUUCUACAGGCUGGUGUGCGUGGAGACGCAGGCGGAGGCCACGGUCAUCCUCAACAGGGUGGUGAGGGCCAUACAGAAGGUGUACGACAGGACUCAGGUGGCACUAGAGGAGCAUGGCAUGCUGGAUCUACCAUAAAGACAUACAAAUCACUCUUCACACUUUCACUUUAGUACAGUUUCUCUGCACCUCUACUCUACUCCAGUGCUACUUUAUGGAUACAUGUUAGUAAGAACUAUGAAGAAGCAACAUGCUACGAUGUGACACAAGGUGUGUCAUGGCAGAUGGACAUUUGUCAUGCAAGAAAGAUACCAUGGGCAAGAACUACAUGUAAAUAACAAGUACUGUAUACUAUGCAAUGCAUUUGGGCUGUUAAAUAAAAAAAUAAAUUAAAAGCAAACAAACAA